AUUCCCAAUAUGGUGACAGUGUGUCCCCUGAGAUGGUUUGGCAUCCAGUCUAUAUAGUUUUCCACUGCCUUCUACCCAGUGCUCCAUGGGAUUGACUCCAGGAUCCCCAUGGCCUGUACUGAAUAGCCAGCUGCCAGCUGGAAGAUGGAUGGAUGGAAAACUCUGUAAUCCCACGAUCAGCUGGAGCUUGACAGCGCCCUCUACCGUGCAAUCCCUUUAUUGAGUAUAAUUAAUUAGCAUAUGAUGCAUGUAUUUUUUUUAAUUUGUAGUUAUAAAUGCUGCUACACGCAAUUAAAUGCAAUGUGGGUGUUAUAAAGGGAUGGCGGUAAUAAUAAAAUAAUUUAAUAACCAUGUCUUUGAGGACUGCACUGCUCAAGGAGACUGAAUAUCCCCGACAGAAACGGAUAUCCAGGAAUUAUGUCUGCGGCGCUAUACUUACAGUAUCGCUAAGAUUAGUUCUCAGAAUAAAGGUAAAGGCUAAGGGAAGCAUGAAAAACAAACACUUAAGGUUACAUACUGCGGUAGACCACUUUAAUUACGCAGUAUAAUUCACUCAGGAAUACCAUGAAUGAGACUUGUACCAAGGCGUGUAUAUACUAUCUAUAAGUCAGAUUCAUUAAUGACUUGAGCUCUACUGGAAAAAAAUCAUUAACAAAAAUGAAUUCAGAUCAUUUGGGCCUAUUUAUGAAGAAGCAUGACACAGACGUCCAGCAGGUGUCGAUGAAAGACAGUGUUCGUUGAAAUUACUUUUAAUUCAUCAGGAGACGAGCUAUACAUUUGUUAUUUUAUGCAGAAUUACUACCAGCCAGAAUUAGUAUUUGUAGUUAGUUUGGCUAAAUAUUGCUCAAUAAUUCAUAGCGUUAAAAAAAGUAUACGACUGAUACACAUUUUUCUUUUCAGACCUUUGAGGCAGUUCAAUGAUUCCAGUCCAAUUAUUCCAGUCCAAUGAUUCCAUUUUUCGAUAGUCUAUGAUGUAAUACAUUGGUAAGCUUGACAGCAUUGUUGCAAAGCUAAAGUAAUAUCGCCCACAAACCUUACUGUACAGUAGUUGUAUUUGGCCCAAUAAUUGUUUUCAGUGAGAGGAAAAAAUAUUUCAGUAACUCACUAAUACUGAAUGCGACCCAGUUCGCGACAAUUUCCUCACUGACCCAGCGCUCAUGUUGUGACUGAGACUGCAGGUAGGGGGCGUUAUUUGGCUUAUCUUACCUCGCUACGAGAGGAUUAAUUCAGUCUCCUCUUUCUGUAAAUGGUUUCACCCAACCAGGUAUAUCAGCCAUGGGUUUGCCGCAGACAGCGCAAGUUGAUCGUAUCCAAGGCACGCGCGCAGAGAUGGGUACCAACAAGUCAAGUGAAAAGUAAAGCUUUUUUCUGCUCUCCUUUUGGAGCGCUUUUUGCUGAACUGAAAUGUGCAUGCAUUCCUAAAGCAGUAUUUUAGAAGUAAAGGGACCACCUGUUCUGUGUUUGACGGCGCACUCCCAAGUUGGUUGAAAAUGAAUUCUUCUGCAUUCAACCAAACGGAUGCUGCUGGACUGUUUUCCAACAGGAGUGAAGGAAUCCUCAAAUGCUGCAACUUCUCAUCUGUAGUGACAGAUAGUGGCUUUGUGGCCACAGCCCCGGACGAGAGGAGCCUCUUCAUAAUGCGAGUUGUGCAGAUAGCAGUGAUGUGCGUCCUGUCGCUCACCGUGGUCUUCGGCAUCUUCUUCUUAGGCUGCAACCUUCUCAUAAAGUCGGAAGGCAUGAUCAACUUUUUGGUGACGGACAGAAGGCAAUCGAAAGAGGUGGAGGCGGUCGUCGUCGGUGCGUAUUAACCUGGGAUCGGACAAAGAACGAGACGCAAGCGUUUGGCAGUUUCUGUAUGAAAUCUGCCUUUUUCAAGCAUAACAUAAUACAAAUGUCAAGCGAAGUUAUUUUGCUGGGGGUUUCCACCGGAAGAUCUUAUCAACUGGCGGUUCAACUUAGAAUUUUAUGUGUUGAGCUUCAUGGAUGACCAACAGAACUAUAUGAAGUGAUUCCUUGGGAUUUGCGGUAACUUUUCCCGUGGUCAAAACUUCUUUACUAAGAAUGCGUGUAUAUUUCAUUACAGAAAAGUAAAUAUAGUUGCUAACAUAAGUAAAAGCAGACACCAAGAGGGACUUUUUAAAUAAAAAAGUUUUCUAUUUUUUAUCUUUGAAGGAAUGUGAGAACACGUUUAUUAUUGUUGUUGUUGUUGUUAUUAUUAUUAUUGUUAAAUAUUAUUGCUUUUUGUAUUGGUAAAUUAUAGCCUACCUGUGAAUGGUCAACAUUUUUAAAUGAUUUGUUUGUAUUCAUAGGAAAUAUCAUGCUCAUUUGUUUAGGUGUAGCCAACUGCUGCUUUUGUCCGUUUUGAAAUUAAUUGCCGCAUGGAUGAUUGAAAUGUAUCAGUUUUAUGUAUAUUGUCUGUUUUAGUAAAUGCAUCCAGGAGUUCUACUGUUUAUUGCCCUGUAAAUGUGUUUUUAUUAUAUUCAUUAUACAAUGGCGGUUUGUUGAGUAGAUUACAAUAAACAUUGUCGUUAUGCUACCUGAUCAAAUAUCUGCAGGCACUGAAGUUUAAGUUUUCAGUUCAACAUGUAGGCCUAUGUUCUUAUACACGCAUCAUUAGUUGUGCACUGUUUUCUGGCUAUAUAUUAAACCUGUACUGUGUGACAAAAAUU